AUGUCAGCCAAGCCCAUCUGGAUCCUGUGUGACUCAAGGAGACGUGUUGAGCUCUGGGUGGUGGGCGAGGGUCCUGCGGGGGUUUGGGGCCUUGCUCCUGUAAGCUCCAGAGGGGGCCGGGCCCCAAGGGGCAAGCUCCCAAGACGCCUCCUUGCAGAGCCGGCCCACAGUGGCCCCUCAGGGGCAUCGGCCCCUUCCCAGCUGAGCACCGUCACCCUGGAAGACCUGGGGCUCGUCCUGGCAGGAGGCCUGGCCAGCCUCGAGCCCUUGAGCCUGGAGGAGCUCUCAGAGAGGUAUGAGUCCAGCCACCCGACAUCCACGGCCUCUGUCCCCGAGCAGGACAUUGCCAAGCACUGGAACCAGCUGGAACAGUGGGUGGUGGAGCUGCAGGGUGGUGGAGGUGGCCUGCCUGCGGGAGCACAAGCAGCGCUGUGAGCGCGCCACGCGGAGCCUGCUGCGGGAGCUGCUCCAGGUGCGGGGCCCGCGUGCAGCUGCAGGGCUCAGAGCUGAGCGCAGCAGGAGGCGCGGCCGGCGGCC